CCUGUCCCUCUGCUGAUGGGGUGUGUGAGUGCUGCUGCAUUAGAGAGCUGUGAUCCACGCCCUGCUGUGCUUACUCACACUGUACAUGCAUGGUGAUACACCACAUUCUGCUGCACCGAACCUGGAAGGGUAACCUGAGCCCCUGCCUGCAUCUCUGUUACCUGAGAGGGUGGUGGGAGGACUACGUCAGCCAGCACUGUCCCUGCCACAUCUCCUGCUGUACACUGAUACUAGGUCAGCCUGAGACUACUUCCCCAUCCCUGACACAGGGCAAUGGCUGCUGCAGGCUGGGACACACCUGGUUCUGACCUCACCGGUCCCUGCUGGGCUCAGUGACCGCUGCUGUGUGCUGCAUUAUCCCGGGGAGCAGCAUGCUGCAGGCCAUGGCGAGUAGCCGCUGUGUGCGGCUGAUGGACAGGAACCGGCCGGCCUGGUACUUCGCCUUCCUCAUGCUCAGCUACGUCCUGUACCUGCUGCUCGGGGCGGCGGUGUUCUCCUCCGUGGAGCUGCCCUACGAAGACCUGCUCCGGCGGGACCUGCUGGAGGUGAAGCGCCGCUUCCUCAGUGAGCAUGAGUGCCUGUCCGAGCGGCAGCUGGAGGACUUCUUGGAGCGGGUGCUAGAGGCCAACAACUAUGGGGUCUCCAUACUGAAUAACGCGUCCGGGAACUGGAACUGGGACUUCACCUCGUCUCUGUUCUUCGCCAGCACAGUGCUCUCCACCACAGGGUAUGGACACACUGUUCCCUUGUCUGACGGAGGCAAGGUGUUUUGUAUUGUGUUUUCCGUCAUUGGGAUCCCUUUCACGCUGCUUCUGUUUACAGCACUAGUACAAAGGAUCAUCACUUAUGUCACCCGACAGCCUGUACUCUACAUUCACCUUCACUGGGGCUUCCCCCAGCACAUUGUCGCUGUAGUUCACGCAUUGCUUUUGGGAUUCGUUAUGGUUAUGUGCUUCUUUUUCAUCCCUGCGGCUGUAUUUACUGUCCUGGAAGAAGACUGGAAUUUCCUGGAGUCCUUUUAUUUUUGUUUCAUUUCCCUGAGUACCAUUGGCCUGGGUGAUUACGUUCCUGGAGAAGGGUACAACCAGAAAUUCCGCCAACUGUACAAGCUGGCAAUAACCUGUUACUUGAUACUUGGUCUCAUUGCGAUGCUUGUUGUCCUGGAAACAUUUUGUGAACUGCAGCAAUUAAAAACUUUCCGUAAACUCUUCUACGUGAAGAAAAACAAAGACGAAGAUCAACAAAACAUAGUUGAACAUGAUGAGUUGGCGUUCUCUUCCAUUUCAGACCAGGCUGCAUCUUUAAAAGAUGAACAGAAGCUAAGCGAACCCUUUGUGUCUCUUCAACCAGUGGUUAAUUACACCAGUGAAAGUUCUUUAAACACUGAACAGUAGAAAAGAAAUGUUUGAAGUACAAAGUUUUGUUUCUUAGAGUAUACCUCUGUUUUAAAUGCUUUCACAAACAUUGCACUUAUGGGUCUGUUUAUCAAAGUCCUGAUAUUUGGGAAAAUAUGUAUAGGAACUCUGCAUCCAUUGGAGCAGCAUUGCCACCUAUUAGAUAAAUGUUACUAACCUGCUCUAUUCUUUCCUCAUGGAUUUUCUCCAGAGGUGACCUUCUAGAGGGUGAUACCAAGACAGCGGCUCCUCAGCAGUGAUUGGGAACCGGUGCUGCGGUGUGACAGUAUCUUGAGGUGCCCGGCUCCUGUCACUAUAAAGGAGCCGGCAGUGCAGCCAGACUUGCAGUACAGGUGCAAAUAGCUUGUGUUAGUGUCUUACAGUGGUAUAUGAGGUUGUGAGUUUGAGUCUCGGGUGUGGUGUGCUGAACACUAUAUGCGUUUAAAUUACAGGGACAUUUAACUUGAUGACCAGGUGCACAAAAAUUACUCUGUAACUGAUAGUUCACAAGUGUAUGAAUAUUGAAUAAGAGGUUUGGUGGUAAAUUUAAUAGCCUGCAAAUAGCAGGCAUCAGCGAGUUUGGUUGAUGUCUUACAGGGGCAGUCAUUUACAAGAGCCAACCUUGUUUUAUGUAUCAUUAGCCAGGAAUCCAACUAUUAUACCUCUCUCUUCCCACUAUCCCAUCUAUCUUCCAUUCUUUUUAUUCCUGCUCUUUUUCUCCCCCUCUUAAUCCGGUCUCUUUCCUCCCCCUCUGCUGUCAGGAAAAGAGAGGCUGCGUCCGUUAAGCAACAAAUUAGAUCUAAGGGGGCAUCAGUACAUUAGGAUUCCAGUAAAGAGUUAAGUCAGUGGUGACUAUCCAUUAACAUUUUAGAAAGUGACACAACCAUUUUAUCAUGCUUUCAUGCAAACUACUAGUGAUGCAUUGUAUUGUGAAACUACAUGAAUAGCACAGUGAAACUACAUUACAUGAAAAGCACCGUGAAGCUACAUUAAGGCCGCAGUGUACUAAAGGAAAAAAAAGGUAAAAACCCAAUGGUUUUUAGUUUACCACAUUUUCAAAUGUACUAAUCCCCGGCCAUCUGCUUACCGAUGCGGAGGAAAUCGCCAGCUUAUUCUGGCGUUACCCUAUAAAAGUCUAUGGGAUUCUUUUUGCAUACCACCGCCCAGCAUCGCUCAUUCUGGCUCCCCCCCCCCCCCCCCCCCCCUCACCAGUGUGCUGCAGAUGUGCUCCCGGAACCUCCAACCUCCUCCUCCACAACACAGUCAGCUGUCCUUCCAGCUACAGGGAGGAGAAGCCCGGGACUCCCUGCGGACAUCACCUCCAGGGGGUAGGAGGUGCAGGACACCCCUGCACACCCUCUCACCUGGUGGUGCAGGCUUCGCAAGGGGCAGCUUUUAAUGUAUUACGAUACUAGUUGCAUGUGUUAGUACAUAUGCGAUUAGUAUCAAUGCAAUAUUUGGCAGAGUGUAUUCCGCCUUCUUAGUACAUCCCGGCCUAAAUAUGUUAGUUUUCACGUGUUUUGACCAUUUUAUCUGGAACAAUUCUGCACCUUUAAAGUUUAAUACCCCACCCUUUAUUGCUUACAAAUUUAACAGUGACUUUAAUAAAAUGACCCCUUAGAAGAAUGUUUAAAAUGCAAUACUUCAAUAAAUGCCAUUUUAGACACUGCAGAUAAAGAGGGAAAUUAUUUUAAAUAUAAAGAUUGAUUAUGACAGAUAUACAGGGUGAUUCAAAAGUUGCAGUAAACCCUUUAUUUCAGAAACUGUGCAGGAAAUGAAAAAACUGACUACUCCCAGUAAGGUAUGUGUGAGGUGGGCUAUCUUUUUGGGUAUGUACCAGACAUGGGCCCCAUUUUGAAUCAAAGUCAGUUCUCCCAUUUUCUGCACAGUUUUUGAAACAAAAGGAGAAGGGUGUACUGCAACUUUUGAAUCACCCUGUAGUUUGUAAGUCAAAAUUCUGCAUUGUCCAUUGUGUGUCAGCUUGGCAUACAGAGUGACUUGUGUGAAUGAAGCCUUGCAUCUUUGUAAUAGAAUUUAUUUUUUAAUGCAUGUAAUUAAAUAUUUUUGUAGAUCUAAAGACAGAACAAAGAUUUUAUUGUAUAUGUGAGUAUGUUUAGCAAUAUACUGUAUAUUAAUGAGAGGCAUAAGUAAAAAGUUUUCUGGUGCAUUAGCGCAAGUCUUUUCCUUCAAUGGAGACAGCCGAGCAAUAAUAAGACUUCUCAAGAGAAGAUUGCUGAAACUCUGCUAAAUACAAUGUGUAGUGAGGACCUCCGACCUAAGUAAUAUUACAGGGAAGGCAGGGCAUUUACUACAAAUACUUAUUUAAAGUGAAAAAAGCCUUGAAUAUAAAGUGAACUAUCUUUGUGCAAAAGGGUGGAUUUAAAAUAUAUUCUAUAAAAAUAUUAUACAAGCAAGUUUACCAUGCAGCAGAAAGGUGACGACUAUUUACCUACUUUUGGAGACUACUUUAGUUAAGUAUUUCCAUUGUACCUCACAAUAAUGUGCACUAUAGUCUAAACCACAGGUUCUCAAACUCGGUCCUCAAGACCCCACACAGUGCAUGUUUUGCAGGUCUCCUCACAGAAUCGCAAGUUAAAUAAUUAGCUCCACCUGUGGACCUUUUAAAAUGUGUCAGUGAGUAAUUAAUACACCUGUGCACCUGCUGGGUUACCUGCAAAACAUGCACUGUGUGGGGUCCUGAGGACUGAGUUUGAGAACCACUGUUCUAGGAUAUACGAGUAAUGUAUUCGUAUGCAUUGUGACACUCUGUCUUGUCUCAGAAACUUGAAUGAUAAAUAAAUUAUUUUGAUGGUGUUAUGUAGACAAUAUAUUCUAUGUUAAUGAGCCAGGAGAGUUUGAGAACCCUACAAUGUAAUGCACUACUGUCUGGAACUGCCACAACAUGUUCCACCUUCUAGAAAGGGAUCAUAUGGCUUCCAGCUUUUUACUAUGGUUAAUGUAGGCCACCUAUGAGGCCCAUUAGGGGGGGCUUGCAUGUGGAAGCUUUUAUUAGCUAUAUAGCAACAAGUAGGCAACUGCUUUUAAGCAAGUGAAUGUCACUGCAGAAGAAAACCUAAGCUGGUCAGACAAAUCCGUAUACAGCAUAAAGCUAGGGGUAAGUGCAGUGCCACAUGCCUUUUUUUUUUUUUUUUUUGUUAUUUCAGCAGAGGAGAAACUGCUUUAUCAAUCAUUCGCACUUUAAACGUUAAGUUGUCAAUGGCUCCCUAAGACUCAUUUAAUAUGCACCAUGUAUGCAGUUUUGCUAUAUACUAAUAAAAGUCUAGGAAAAUGUGUUUAUGAAUGUACAGGGUGAAAAAAAAAUGUUUUAUUACACAAUUUAUCAUUGAAGAAUUCACUGUAGCAUUUAAAUGUGUAGGAAAUCCUAGCAUGCAUCACAUUUUUCCCAGAGAUGGAUGUGCGCAUCAUUUGCUGAGGUGGACCAUUAACUGACCCCAGCUGCAUCGGGAUAAAUGUUGCUAUACAGCAGUCAUUUCCAGCCCCUGUAAAUUUGCCAUGUCUAUUAAUGUAUUAGGGGGAGACUUGAGUCUUAAAGUGAUAAAGUACCAGACAAUCAGCUCCUAACUCCCAUGGUACAGGCUGGGUUUGAAAAAUUACAGUUAGGAGCUGAUUGGUUGGUACUUUAUCACAGUGAAACGUAUAACUUUUCAAGUCUUAGUACAUCUCUAGCCUUCAAAGUGAUGUUUUAUUUAUAAACCCUUGGUUCUCCAGCGCUGCACUUAUUGUUGCAGGGCUUUCAUAUGCUGGAAUAAGAUUUAAGUCAGGCAUGAAAAAUGGGCAUUGUGCAUAGACAAUGUUUUUAUAUUUUUAUUUGCUUUAUAAUUGAAACUUUAUAUGAAAUUCCCUUUUUUUUUUUUAUUUUUUUUAUUAUGAUAUACUUGGAAUUAAGUUGAGUGUUUAUGAACCUUUUCACCAAGGUGCAAAAUAUGCGCUAAUGUCAUAACAAUUGUCAGUUGUCUACUGCAAGAAGCAUCUGAUUGGUUUAUAUUUCUGUAGAGGAGAUUUGCACCUUUGAAUAAUGUUAUUAAAUGACUCUCUAGCUUUUGUUUUCACUUGUUCCUUGCUAAUCAAUGUGUUGAACUGAUGUAAUUGAAGGGAAUUAAAUUAGAUUUACAAUUAGGAUGAAACGGUUUAGAAUUUAAAUAUAUUAAACAUAUUUGGAUAUGUAUAUGAGA